CAGUCUUCACCUUCCCACAACGCAAGCACCACCAACAGCAAUGCAUCGAGUGCCAAUGCCAAUGCUUCCAACAAUGCCUCGCGCAGGCCACCGCGGAAAAGCACCCUCACCCAACAACAAAAGAACCAGAAGCGCCAAAGAGCCACCCAGGACCAGCUCAUGACAUUGGAGGUCGAGUUCAAUAAGAACCCAACACCGACCGCGCUUGUGCGAGAGCGCAUAGCAUCCGAGAUCAAUAUGACCGAGCGAUCGGUGCAGAUCUGGUUUCAGAAUAGGCGAGCCAAGAUAAAGAACAUUGCGAAGCGAAGUAUCGAGAGCGGCGAAGACUGCGAUAGCAUACCUGAGUCGAUGCGUCAGUAUCUGGCUAUGCAAGCCUAUGGCCCUGGAAAGGGACUCCCAGGCACAAUGCUGGGAAGAGUUGGACCUGGCUACACUCCCUAUGGCAAUGGCUCCCUCUGCCUGAAUACCGAUGCAUCUUCCGCCAAGGUUGUCAUCCAGCACUUCCACUGUCGAUCUCUCUCUAUUGGCACUUGGCGACGCGUUGGCCAAAGCACCAUGGAUCUGGUUAUCUUUUAUUCACCCGACAAAGCGUGCGUGACCUACUACAUUAAUAACGACUCCGCCGGAUACAAGAUUGAGUACCCUUUUGCGUGGAUCAAGAAUAUUACCCUUGAGCAGGGAGAUGUUCUCGCAGCUGCAGAGGGCGCAUCUCAGCGAUCUGGAGGUCUGGUCAUUGAAUUGACUCGCCCACCCAAGUUCUACAUGGACAGUUCCGGCAGCGGCGGCUUCUACGAAUGCGGCGACUUUACCGAAGACCAACAAGCCAGCCAAGUCAUGGUUCACCACCUCGGCGGGCCAUCCAAGGUCCUCAGCGGUCAGCUUGCGAAGCUCGUGUCGCUCGAGGCUUAUCAGAAUCGACACAACAACUUCUUUGACCCGACUGCCUUCGCCGUCUCCGCGCCUGUUUCUCCCAUCGGUCACCGACCUGCGAGUCAGCCAAACCACAUGAUGCACCCACACAGUGGCAUGCACCUCUUCCCACCGCAGGAUCCAAAUGCUGCUCUGAUGGGCCCACCAGGUCCCCGCGGCCACAAGCGUCAACGAAGCCGCUCUGUGCCUGUGGCGAUCGAUCUGAACAUGCUCAGGCAGCAAGCACCAAUGCCAUCCUUCUUGAUCCAGGAAGAGAACCAGCCGCCACACGUACCCAUGCAGGAUCCAAACAUCUUUGCACCGGUCCCACAACACCAAGUGCCACAAGGGUUUGCUAACGGCGCUGCUGGUCCUCACUUGAGCAUCGAUACCUCCUCGGGCUACAACAUGGGUCUUCAAUUCAAUGGCUCCUUGUCCGCGACCACGGCUAAUUCUCCAAGCGAAUAUGGCACGCCAGGAUUCUUCACAUCUGCGCCGGCCGCUGAAGGCAUGCAGUCGACUCACUUCAACCCACAGUUCAACAACGGUUUCCUGGCUGUCGAUCCCGCUUCAAUGCUGGGUACCAGCACGACACCUUUGUCUGCUGUCACCAGUCACGGCGACCCGAUCAUUGCGGAUCACUCGCCGCCGCUGAAUGGCAUGGGUCGCAGCCAGAGUGCAGAUAUCUUUGGCACUCCGGGUGAGCACUCUCAGCUCAGUGACGAAGCACUUUACCUGUCGGAGUCAUUUAACAAGCAGAUCGCGCUGCCUUUCCGAAGCCCGAUCGCGGACGAC